CACGGCGGCGGCGGCGCUACGGGGCGGCAACGACGGUAGCGGUGGUGGUCGCGGUCGCAGUGGUAUGAGUGCGCGAUUUCGGGAAAUUAAUGUCGCGCGUCGCCGGGAGGAGGGAGAGACCGUCGAGAAGCCGAGCGAGGCCGGGGAGAAGGUGAAACCGGUGAAAGUGAGUCUUUGUCGCGGCCGUGGCGGCGAACGGUGCAUAACCUAAAAAUAAAAAAUAUAUAUAUAUAUCUCUCUUUUUCCCUCCCACUCGCUCGCUCCUCGCCGCUGUACCGCCUGCCUGCGUCCACUGCUGUCGCGCGCGCAGUACGUCGUGUGUGCCGUUUGUAGGAUCGUCGCGCGCGGCUCCAGUCGCCGCAAUCCGGUCGCCGUCGCGGAAUCGUCCCGUGCUCGCUGCUCGCCGCGUACGCCCGCUCCGGGGACGCUCCUCCCCGACAUGACCGCGCCGUGCCGGCCGCGGGGGACGUGCUCGCUCGACAACGAAUGACUUCGCGGAAAGGCCGCCGGCAACGUAUGGAGAAUAUGGACACCACGGACAACGAGCCGACGCGGGAGCAGACCGUGCCCGACAGCACGGUGCCGCGGAAGUCCUGGUCCGAGCUCCGCGCCGUCGUCAGCGAUCUCAGGCGGAAGCUGUCCGGGGUGUCGGCCGGCUCCGUGCCGAGCUCGAUAACCUUCCGCUCGCUCCCGGACGGCCGGACUAGAAUCUAUUUCCUGAGCACGCCGAGUAACGGCUGGGAGACCACACUUUUGUACGUAGACAUUGCGCACGCGGAUCACACCAACGGCCUCCGGCUGCCCUGGCAGCCUGUCAUAGAGGCGAACUUCCAAAGCGUAUCGAGCACGAACAGGCUGUCGAAGGAGGAACAACUUCUGUGGGAGAGAAAGCGACUUGCCACGUGGGGUAUAACCAGCUACGAGAUCCACGCAGAGAGCGGGAAAUUAGUCUUUCCAGCUGCCAGCAGUCUUUAUCAAUGCGUGGACACUGGAUUCAUGCCCGGACCCCUUUUUCCGUCGGAGAUUAGAAUGUCGACGACCGGGGCGAAACUGUGCCCCCAGAUCUGUCCCUGGAAUAACGCUCUGAUCGCUCACACGUGUUCGGGAGAUCUGUACCUGUCUCACAGCAUCACAGGCUCCUCGGUUCGAUUGACUCACGCUAGGAAAGGCGGUAGAAGCCUCGCCGACGAUCCGCUCACCGCCGGCACGCCUUCCUACGUCAUGCAGGAGGAAUUUACUAGGUACAUCGGCUAUUGGUGGCAACCGAAGUCCAUGUUCGACGGAAUCUACAGGAUAGUAUACGAGGAGGUGGACGAGAGCGACGUCAAGAUAUAUUGCUUCUCCUCGUCGAAUUCCGACGAGGUAGACGAAUUUAGGUUUCCCAGGGCUGGUAUGCCGAACGCCAGAAGCAACCUGAAAAUGGUGCAGUUCCGUCUGACGGAAUCGUUGCAUAUCGUCGAUAUCGAGAUACUGGAACUGCAAUAUCCACUUCACAUUAUGUUCCCGUGGAUGGAAUAUAUGGUGAGAGUCGGAUGGACUCCGGACGCCCAAUACGUUUGGGUACAACUGCUGGACAGAAAGCAACAGAAACUGGAGCUGGUCCUGCUGUCGAUAGACAACUUUUGCGAGCCGCCGCCGAACACGUACAACACGGAAAACCAUUUCACGUCCACGUCAGCGAGCGUUCAAGUGAUAUACUCCGAGCAGAGCUCGAUUUGGAUCAACGUGAACGAUCUGUUGUAUUUUUUAAAGUCCGACGACGCGAACGAGGUCAAAUUUAUCUGGGGAAGCGAGGAAUCCGAGUUCCGACACUUGUAUCUUAUAACAUCCAGCAUAGCAGGCUUGAGCAAUGGAGUGGAAGAGCCCUUGGAUAGAAUGGACAGUAUAUUUCUCCGGCCACGUAUCACCUCCAAGGUAGCUCUGACGCAGGGCGAUUGGGAAGUGCUGGGGAAGAAAAUAUGGGUCGACGAGGUCAAUUCUAUCGUCUACUUCUGCGGAUUACGAGAAGGCCCGUUGGAACAACAUGUUUACGCAGUUUCGCUGCGACGGCCGUUAGAAAUACGACUGCUGACUGGACCUAGCUACAGUUACAACAGUAUAUACUUUAACAAAGAGUGCACAAUGUUGGUCACUGUUUUUAGUUCCAUUAAAACGUUGCCUACUUGUCAAGUAUUUAAAAUAUCUCAGACCGAUUGGACAGUGGACAGCAUAUCGCUUACACUCGUAGGCUACCUCCUGGAACCACCGACAUCCGAACUCGAAUUGCUCGCGCCGGAGAUCUUUACCCACAAGAUCAAGUCGGGAGACACGGUCUACUCGAUGAUAUUUAAACCUCACAAUUUCCAAGCUGGAGUCAAGUAUCCCACGAUAUUGAACGUUUACGGAGGACCCGAAGUACAACUUGUAUCAAACACAUUUAAAGGUUUAAGACAUCUACGAAUGCACAUGUUAGCUGCUCAAGGCUACUGUGUAGUUUCAAUAGACUCCCGCGGGUCGCAGCAUAGAGGUCUAGUGUUUGAAAGUCAUCUGCGACGUAGGAUGGGAACGGUAGAGUUGAACGAUCAAGUCGAAGUAUUGAGAUGGUUGUCAGAGACUACCGGGUACAUUGAUCUAAAUCGAGUGGCUCUUCACGGCUGGUCUUACGGCGGAUACUUAAGUCUAAUAGGUUUGAUACAGUAUCCCGAUGUAUUCAAGCUGGCCAUCGCUGGUGCUCCAGUUACCUCGUGGAACUUUUACGACACCGGAUAUACUGAACGUUACAUGGAUCUGCCACAGAACAAUACUCACGGUUAUAUGGCGGGAUCGGUGCUGACAUAUGUAAACAAGUUUCCCGACGAAGAGAACCGUUUGUUAAUUAUUCACGGUCUCAUAGACGAAAAUGUACAUUUUUACCACACUAGCGAGUUGAUCAGUGCUCUUGUGAAGAUCGGUAAACCGUAUCAGCUGCAAGUUUAUCCUAACGAGAGGCACAGUCUGAGAAGCCUAGAUGCCAGCAAACAUUACGAGACGACUUUAUUGUCCUUUUUACAGAAUCACUUGUGAACCGACAUUCUUUUAUUUCCGAUUUCUUUUCUUACAUUGUUAGAUAGUUCGUGAGAUAAUGAUCGUUCCUCCGAGCAAGACUUUGCGAGUUUUCGAGCAACUGCCAUUAAUUUAUGUACACACUUAAACCUACAACUUAAAAGGACGAAAUACUUUCAGGUGAUCAGAUAUGUGUACUGGUUUCUGUAUAAAAGUGCGCCUCCACAAGGCUUUUAAGAUAGUAUUACAUAUUUUUUUUAAUGUAAAGUAUCUGCAACAGCACAGUGUGAAUAUAUCGUGUAACUAAUUACCAGGACGAACUUCUAGCAAGGAAUUUAUAAUAUACUUUACAAAAAAAAGAGAUGUGCUGAAUACAAAUUUUCAAAACGCCGCUGUCAAGAUGCCACAAAAUGCGUAAUAAGUACAUUCAAAGUUUUCUUAAUCAGCUAUUGUCAAAACUUGCGAUCGUAAUAUUGAUUAAAUGUGACUACUUUGUAAGAGAAGGGACAAUACUCAAUUCACAGACAAUAGUUAAUCAGGAAGACUACUCCGGGCGUGUUUCUGUUUCGCGGUCGUUUCGCAAUGCAUAUUGAACUGUUAGACGUAAACACCACAACUGUGACUAUGUACAUAAUACGAUACGUGACCGUGACACAUGUAUCUCUUAUCUUUCUACGAAAUGAAAAUCCGCGUUUCAGC